UAAGAAGGUGGCCGGCGGCGGAUGGUGCUCAGUCUCCCUCCUGCCACCUGUGCGCUCCGGUCCGACAAGCAUGCAGCGCCUGACGCCAGCCCUCACUAUGAUCCUCUGGCUGCUGGCCUGGCACGGUGGAGCUCAUGCCAGUGUCCGGGUGCCCAACAUCGGAGUGAAGCUGUGCGGCAGGGAAUUCAUACGGGCCGUCAUCUUUACCUGCGGGGGGUCCCGGUGGAGGAGGAAUGAAGCCCUGCAGGCCGGGGACCCCACGGAGAUAUUUGGGAACCUAGGAUCCACAGACGUAGACUCAGAAGAGGAUGAGGUGUUCAGCGAGUGGGCAAGCAACUUGCGCUCUCACAACAGUGACAUAAUGGACUAUGGAGCCCCCCAGAGCUGGAGAGAAUCAUCUGUUGGAAGACAUGGGGCAGCACCGUCAUCGGAGGACUCCCUAAGGGGCGUGGAGAGAAGGGGAAGGGAAGCGGCAUUGGGUUUGUCCAACACAUGCUGUAAAUGGGGGUGCAGUAAGAGCCAGAUUAGCUCGCUGUGUUAAAGAGAGGAGGCACCCGCCUUUGUGGCGAUGCCCAUCAUGUAGUGAGGGACAGGUCACAUGUAUGGUGGCUGGGGUUGUCACAGGCAUGUACAGUGUAUGUAUUUUUAUUGCUGCAUGAGUGGAAGUGUCAGUAAAUUUAUUGACAAUGGAGUCAAAUUAUGUACAGUAAGUAAUCUGUGAAAUAAACAUUUUCAAACACUUUCAAACUGAA